AUGACUACUCCUCUCAAAGAUACCUUCUUGUCGACACCGCCGCUACCUCUAAUACUAGGCUCCUCGUCAAUAUUCAGAAGAAAAGUGCUUGAUAUUCACAAAAUACCACAUUCAACACUAAAUCCAAACAUCAAUGAAGGCAAGAAACUCUGGGACAUACACAACUCAAUUUCAAAAUCAAGUUUGAUCAUAGAGCUAGAUCCAAGUGCCACUGCCUUAGCAGUUGCAAAUGCCAAAAUGGAUGCGCUGCUGAGUCGCUGGGAUAAUACACAGCCAGAUACAUUACUAGUCACUUGCGAUCAGGUGGUGUCAUGGAAUGAUGAAGUUAGAGAGAAGCCUCGUAGUGAGGAGAUGUGUCGAAUGUAUAUGACUUCGUAUACGGAGAUACCUGCUGAGACUCAUUCGGCUAUGGUCGUCGCAAAAACAAGAGACAGGAAUCGCGCUGCAGGCGUGGAUGUAGCUAGACAAUGGUUUCAUCCAAUACCGCCUAAUGUGGUUGACCAACUGAUUAAAAAGGGCGACGUGAUGUAUUGUGCCGGAGGAUUCAUGAUUGAGGACGAUCUGAUGCAGCCGUAUCUCGCAAAGAGGGACGGGACAGAGGAUUCGAUUAUGGGGAUGCCAGUCUUACUGCUAGAAGAACUUGUAACAAAAGUCAUGCAAUAA